UCUGGGUCCUCCAUUUACCGACCUCGGAAGGACGGCAGGCCGCGGCGUCGAUCCUUGAGCCCAGCCCGGAUCGAACUGCCGGCAGUGAGCAGAGUCAGCCUGCAACGCCGCCUUCUGACCCCUGCACCGCCACGGCUCCGAAUAACAGAGUCGGAAGGGACCUCGGAGGUCUUCUAGUCCAACCCCCUGCUCAGGCAGCGAACUCUGUAACGUUUCAGACAAACGGCGGUCCAGUCUCUUCUUACAAAUCUCCCUAGCGAUGGGGCAAGUCCUUCCGCUGACUAGUUGUUCCCGCUGUCGGGAGGCUUCUGUUCUCCAGGUGCACCUGUGGCUCAAGGUUUUGCAAGUGGUGGCCUUGCUCCCGCCUUCCUUUUGUGCCCAAGGCGGAACUCGAACUCGCCGCCUCCCGCUUUCUAGCUGGGGCCUUAACCCCUGGACCAGCCUGCCUCUCUUGGAUGGAAAAGCUGGCGCCAGAGAGAUGUGGAAUGUCAUAUUCCGGGGUAGCGGCCAUUUACCGUCUCGUGUGCUAACCGGGUCCUCCUUCGGCCACUUUCUGGAGAGACGGGGCAGUGGGGGUCUCCUUCCACUCUCGCCGGCCACCCCGGGGGCUCCCCCCGCUGAGGUCCUGCAGGACGGAGUCCGCCGGCCAUUUUAACUCGGCCCUCUCCUCUUUUCCAGAGUGUUCCUCGGACGGGAGUGGAGCCACUGGGCUUCAUCCUUGGGGGGCCCCAAGCCAAACCACUUUCUCCUCCGGCUACCCCAGGCUCCGGAAGCCGCAUCGGUGGGAUUGUGCCUGCUCAGGGAGGAGGAGGCUGACCCUCCCUCCUUCCCUCCCUUCCUCCCUCCCUCCCUCCCUUCCCCAUUUGCUCCUCCUGCCAGCUUGCCCUCGUCCUGCCAAGGGGCAGCACCGGCGCACGGGAUCCGUCAGGUCCUUGGGGCUUUCCAGCCAGAGGGAGAGAUUGACAGCCGGUGUUUAAGUUGAAGAGCUGCGCCGUUCCUCGGGCCACCUUCGGCGCUUGGGGGUCUCCCAGGGCGUUGAGGAAGAGAGCGGAGGCGGUUGCAGACGGCCGGAGAGCAGCCCCAGAACGGGAGGAUGGCCGCCGAGAUGCUGACCUUCGGGCCGGAAUGGCUUCGGGCACUCUCCAGUGGGGGGAGCGUGGCUUCCCCGCCCUCCUCCCCCGCCAUGCCAAAGUAUAAACUAGCCGAGUACCGAUAUGGCCGGGAAGAGAUGCUAGCACUUUACGUCAAAGACAAUAAGGUCCCUGACGAAAUGCAAGACAGGGAGUUUUCGGCCAUCCUGGAGGAGGACCCCCUGCAGCCCCUGGCCCUGGUGCCCUUAACGGAAGAAGAACAGAGGAACUUCUCCAGGUCGGUGAACAGCGUGGCCGUGCUGAGGCUGAUGGGGAAGGGGGCCGGGGUGGCCCCGGCAGGGGUCUCCCGCGGGAGAGGCAGCACGCGGAGCCGAGCAGGCCGCGGGCGAGGCGAGAGCGGCUUUUACCAAAGAAGCAUCGAGGAGACGGACGGCGGUGCCUUUGGCCGGGGCGGCCUCCGCGAAAUCCACCGCAGCCAGAGUUGGGAUGACCGAGGGGAUCGGCGUUUCGAGAAGCCCAUCCGGCGGGAAGGAGCCCGGGCCCCGUUUGAGGAGGCGGCUCCCUCUGCCCGCAAAGACUUCGCCCGCUCGGAUAGCGACAACUGGCGCACGCUGCGCGAGGAGCACGAGGAGGAGGAAGAGGGCGCUGGUGGCAGCGGCGGCGCUGGCACUGCGGGGGCCGGGUCGGGAGGAAGCUGGCGGCAGAGCGGGGCGUCCCGGCGAGAAAGCGAGCGCUGGCGGUCGGCCAGCCCAGAUGGGGGCCCCCGCUCGGCCGGCUGGCGGGAGCACGGCGGGGACGGGCGCCGGCGGAAGUUUGAUUUCGACUUCCGGGAGCGGGACGAGGAGGCGCCGGCGCGCGGCGGAGGGCGCCGCCACCGGCAGAGCAGCGAGAGCUUUGAGGAGGAGAAGGACGGCCUGCCCGAGUGGUGCCUGGAGGACGAGACGGAGGAGAUGGGGACCUUUGACUCCUCGGGGGCCUUCAUGUCCCUCAAGAAGGGCCCCAAGGAGCUGCAUUUGGAGGACCAGGAGCUGAGCUUCCAGCCGCUGCCGGAGGAGCAGCAGGAGGAAGAGGAGGAGGAAGAGGAGGAGGGGCAGGAGGAGCAGCUGCCCGAGGCCCAGAAGGGGAACCCCAGGGCCAGCAGAGAGCUGCCCGUCAGCCCCACCGCCGUGGCAGAGAGAGAUCAAAAGGACCCCCGGCCAGGCCCAGAGGAGAAGAAGCUGCCUGCUCCCCCGGGCACCCCCUGGCAGCCCAGCCCCCCCUUCGGCCCUCUGGCCACCCCCAGCGCUGCCAGCGACUGUGAAAGCCUCGGACCGGGCAACUCUUCCAAAGCCGAGAAGCUGGCGCUGCUGCCCUCCGGCAACUGCGAGGCGGAGGCAGGAGACGGGGACCCUCUCGGCUGCCCUGCCCAGCCCGGCCCGGCCGUCCUCCCUCCCCUCCCCGCGGCCCCGUCUGCUGCUCCUGCCGCCGAGUUCACAGUGGGCGACAACGAGGACGAAGACGGGAUGAAGCACCUGCAGCAGGAAGCGGAGAAGAUGGUGGCCUCCCUGCAGGACAGCUCGCUGGAGGAGGAGCACUUCGGCCAGGACAUCGCCGACCACCGCAACACGGCGGCCGCCUUGCCCCUCUCCCACGAAGCAGCCAUGAAGUGGUUCUACAAGGACCCCCAGGGGGAGAUCCAAGGACCCUUCACCACCCAAGAGAUGGCCGAAUGGUUCCAAGCGGGCUACUUCACCAUGUCGCUCUUGGUGAAGCGGGGCUGCGACGAGGGCUUCCAGCCCCUCGGAGAAGUGAUCAAGAUGUGGGGAAGAGUGCCUUUCGCGCCCGGUCCAUCCCCCCCACCGUUACUGGGGAACAUGGACCAGGAGCGCCUGAAGAAGCAGCAGGAACUGGCCGCGGCCGCCAUCUACCAGCAGCUCCAGCACCAGCAGCUGCUUCAGCUCGUCAACAGCCGGCAAUACGCCCAGUGUGCCCUCCAGCAGAAGGCGUCGUCGGGGGAUCUGGCCCAGCAGCAGCAGCUGACCACCUUCCUGCAGCAGCUGCAGGCGCUCAAGCCCAGAGCUGGGGAGCAAGGCCUGAUCCCCUCCAUGAACCGAUCCAUAUCUGUGCCAGACACUGGGUCCCUCUGGGACACACAUACCUCAGCCUCACCGCAAGCAGGCGGUGAAGCCAGUUUGUGGGAUAUUCCAAUUAAUUCUUCAACUCAGGGUCCGAUCUUAGAACAACUUCAACUACAACAUAAACUGCAAGAGCGCCGAGGAGCCGAACUCAGGGCUAAGCGGGACGAGGACGAACGGAAGCGGCGCGAGGAGGAAGAGCUCUACCGGCGCAAGCAGGCAAGGCUGCCCUCCUCUUCCUCGUGGGGCCAGCAGUCUGUCAACGCUUCCUCCGGGCAGAGCAGCUUCAGCCUGGCCGACCUGCAGAAGCUGGGAGACGCUCGGACCUGCCGGGAGCUGCGAGAGGAGUUCCGCCACCAGGAGAUGCUGCUGAAGCUCCUCCAACAGCAGCAGCAGCAGCAGCAGAGCACGCAGCCCCUCUGGGGGGGCCUGGCCAAGCAGAGCCCCUCCCUGAAGGCCCUGCUGGAGUUGCAGCAGGAGAGCGAGAGGCACCUGCAGAAGCCGGCCCAGCCCGCCCGGGCCCAGCAGCGAGCGCAUGGCGGACACGGUCUGAGCAGCCUCCCCUCUCAGUGGGCUUCGGACGUGGGCUCGCUGUGGGGCAGCCAUGACAAGGCCGGCCCACUCGGCCUCUGGGAGGAGAGCAUGAAGGGCCCCGGCCCCCUGGCCCGCAACCUGGGCCUGAGGAACAGCCGGAGCAGUCCCUCGCUAGGGGACGCGUAUUCGGUCUCCAGCCGGCAGAGCAGGAAGAAAACGGACGAGGAGGAGAAGCUGCUGAAGCUGCUGCAGGGCAUCCACAAGCCUCCGCAGGACGGCUUCACCCAGUGGUGCGAACAGAUGCUGCACGCCCUCAACGCCUCCAGCAGCCUGGAUGGUGCGUCUGGGGGAGGGGUCUUCUCAAGCAGAGCGCCCUUUCGGAUGGGCGGGGGUCUGCUGGCUGUGCCCACGGUGGGAGCUUUCCUGAAGGAGAUGGAGUCGCCCUACGACGUCCAUGACUGCAUCCGCUCCUACCUGGGAGACACCCUGGAAGCCAAAGAGUUUGCAAAGCAGUUCCUAGAGCGCCGUGCCAAGCAGAGAGCCAAUCAGCAGCGGCAGCAGCAGCAGGAGGCCUCGUGGCUCAGCUCCAGCAGCCUGCAGUCGCUCUUCCAGGCCAACCACAGCCCCAAACCGCCAUCCUUCGAGAACAGCCAAGCCGUGAAGAUCAAGAGGCGCCCGGUGAUGCUGCAUGCAGACCCCAGCAUCCUGGGCUACGCUCUUCAUGGCGCCUCCAGCGAGCUGGAAACCGUGGAGGACUAUUGAGCCCCUCCCUCCCUCCAGCCGUGGGACCCCUGUCCUCCCUGCCGCUGCUGCCUUGAUCUCACCCAUUUCAGUUCCGGCUGAGUGUGCACUGCUGGGGGGCCCCCGGGGCCACAUGGGCCCCCAGCGAGGGAGCGCGAGGACCAUCAAUCAGCUGGGUCAGGCCAGACCGGAAGGCUGUUUGCGCACUUCAUUCCUUAAAAAAGCACCUUAAACAACACCCCCUUUUUCUGCCAUGCACUUUAUCGGAACUUUUGUUUUUGUUGUUUUUUUACAGUGACUUGUUACAAAUUGAGAAAAAAAAAGGAAAAAAAAUUUUUUUUUUGAAAUUGUGAAAUAUUAUUUUUUAAAAAAAGCUUAAAAACUACAAAAAAGUUUAUCUUUAAAAAAAUCACUUAUUUUUCACGUGGGGAUAUGUUUUAAAAAAUGUGAACAGUAAUUUCACAGAAGCUUGAUAUAAAAAGAUUUAUAAAAGAAAAAAAAACUUGAAGAAAUGCACUUAGAAAAAAGGAUUUUUUUUUUUUAAAACUGUUUGCAUAGAUAACAGAUGUAAAUACUCUUCAGACUCUUGAUCCGCACAGUAUAUUUUUUCUCUUACGAAGAGGCCAUUUUAUAAGAAGUUUUUUGGGGUUUUGUUGAAUAUUUUUUUUUUUUUUAAGAAAAUUGCACAAAAAAUGCCUCCCUCCUCAUUUCCUUUUUCUCCACCCCACCCUGGACAUUACAAUUUUGUAUUGUGUUUGAUUUAAAAAAAAAAAAACAGAAAAAGAAAAAAAAAGACUGCAAAAAGAGGAAUAUACACUACUGUUGAAGAAGGUUGCUCCUCCAGAAACUGCUUUCUUCUCCAAGCUGAUGACCCGUCGCAGAGCCCCCUCCCUCCCUCCCCCCAGUGGUCAGUUCCUCAUCCGUCUGUCCUUCCACGGAGAUGCUCACGGCCUCCUGCCUGCCUGCACUGGUCAGCGGGCAGUUUUCCUCCAGCGGCCGAUGUGUGGAUGCACUUUUUCUAGCAAAGGAAAGCAGAAACCCAAUGUUGUGAGUCUCCACGUUUCUCCAGCCCCCUUCCCGUUCCGUGCACGGAUGAGAAUCAUGAAUCGUGUGACCUGCGAAGGUGUCCCGCGGGUGCCCUGCCCGUAGCAUCGACAACCGGAGCGAAUCGGUGCACCCAAAGCCAAAUUUGAAUGUAUCCUACUUGGGUGACGCUUUUGGCUCCAGGCCUCCCUUCUUCCCUCCCUCCCCCCCCCAGUUGUCAGUGGUGGUGCUGGACACAACUCUUAACGUGUGAGUGUGGGACUGUUUUUUGAAACAAGCUGGCCAGAGAUGUGACGUUCAUAGCACAUUCUCCGUUACCCGGGGGCUGCAUCCCGAUGUACUUUUUUGUGCGCGCACGCACAAGCACCUGCUUGAUUUUUGGUUUGCUUGCAAGGACCUUUUUUCGCCUACAAUCCAUCCUGACUCCUGGGGGGGGGGAACUGCCUGGACACAGGGUACUUGGAGUACAUGGAGGGUUGCGUACGCCGCCUGGCGACCCCGGCGCCUUACGAGGGCUUGACGAUGGACCAGAUUGUGCCCUGCAGCCACGUGGUCUCCUUUUUUGUUGACACCCCUCCGGUCCCACCCCCCCCCCACUUACCUGCCAAGAUUUUUCCCCUUGCAAAGGCGAGAGGACACGGAGAGGCUUCUGGAAGUGACCCGUGGCAUCUUGUGAGAGAGGGGUGGGGGGGCAGGAUCUGCUCCCCCGGAAACGCGUC